UAUUUGUAGACCCAAGUGGUAGGAGAUUUAUUACUAAUGAAGAGGCCGAAAAAUGGGAUCAGGAACAACAUGAUUCUGAUGAAGCUAGACUUCCGAUAUUAGCAGAGAUAAAGGAAGAAAAUGAAAAAAAUAG